GCAUUCAGUCCGCUCCAGUCGAUCCAUAGUGUUAGAUCGCUUUAGGAAGCCCGUCGUACCCGCACAACGCGUUAGGGUUGAUGGGGUUUGAGGCAGAAAGAAAUAUUCGCCUUAUGUUAAUUUCGAAUAGUUUCGUUUUUUUCAGUUUCGUUCGUUAUGUAGUUGAAAAAGAAAAGAAACAAUUAAAGUAGUUAAAUAAAUGAAAUGAAAAUAGAUGCGUGAACUUUUUUUAAAUCAAUUAAAUAUUAUAUUUUAACAAAACAACGAACUAGACUAAGUUGCUACGAAUAAAAAGCAGUUGACUGUUAAAUUGUGAAGAUUGGAAAAAGUUGGAAGCGAGUUAGUGAAUUAAGCGUUGGGCAUGAUGGAGCCCCACUGGAAGCGGCUUAUUUUCGCCGCUACAAUUGCUGCAGCUUUACUGAGCGCCAAUGCGCAAUUUUGGAAAGUUGCCGAUACUGGCGCAAUAUAUAAUCCCCCUAAGCAUUAUAGAGAUGAAGCAACGCCUCCGCGUACACCAAUAGAUGAUAGUUAUGCGGUGCUUGAUACCGUAACAACAAAUCGGCAAGGACCUCCAAGGAAUUGUACAUCCGGUACAGUGGGUUGUAUUCCGAAAUGUUUUGCCGAGAAGGGUAAUCGAGGUUUCCCCGGUGAAGUUGGUUUGCCCGGUCCAAAAGGUAUGCCUGGCUAUCAAGGUCCUGAAGGUCCACCCGGUGAUAAAGGUCAAAAAGGUGAUCCCGGUCCAAUUGGGCCUCGCGGUUAUAAGGGUGAGCGCGGUGUAGCUGGUAUUCCUGGUAUGCCUGGUGUAGCUGGUGUACAAGGUAUUUCGGGUAAUCCUGGGGCUACAGGUGCUCCAGGCAAAGAUGGUUGUGAUGGUCAAGACGGUUUGAAUGGUUUGCAAGGUUUAAGCGGUAUGCCAGGACCACGCGGUUAUCCGGGUCAACCAGGUGUAAAGGGAGAGAAAGGUGAACCGGCAAAAGAGAAUGGAGAUUAUGCUAAGGGUGAAAAAGGAGAACCUGGUUUUGCUGGUCGUUCUGGCAAUCCAGGACCGGAAGGUCAACUUGGCUCUAAGGGUGACCGUGGUGAUACUGGUCCUUAUGGUCCUCCAGGUCCUCGCGGUGAUAGAGGUAUUAAGGGUGACAAGGGUGCACCAUGUUUUGCACCACCACAACCUGGUAAAAAAGGAGACAAAGGUGAAAAAGGUGAACCGGCAUCAGUGAAACCUACUAUUGGCAUACAAAGUGUUAUGGGCGAAAAAGGUGAAAGAGGAGAAAAAGGAGAAACAGGUCCUGCUGGCGAAAAAGGUGAACGGGGUUAUCCUGGCGAGAGAGGAUCGGACGGUACAAAGGGUGAAAAAGGUUUACCUGGCGGUCCUGGUGACAGAGGAAGACAAGGAAACUUCGGUCCGCCAGGUCCAACUGGACAAAAAGGUGAUCGCGGUGAAACUGGUUUGAAUGGUUUACCUGGCAAACAUGGACAAAAGGGAGAACCCGGAAAUCCAGGAAGACCUGGUGAACGUGGUUUGCUCGGACCACCUGGACCACCCGGUGGUGGUCGUGGAUCUCCUGGUGCGCCUGGUCCCAAAGGCCCACGUGGUUAUACUGGUGCUCCCGGUCCAAAAGGUUUGGACGGCUUUGACGGUCCACCUGGCGCGCAAGGUUUCCCUGGUCAGAAAGGUGGUCCUGGUUUACCUGGUCGAACGGGCGUUGAAGGUCCUCCGGGAGAAAAAGGCGAAAAGGGUAAUGCUGGUCGUACGGGUCCAGCAGGUCCUGUUGGGCCUAUGGGUUACACUGGUCCACCAGGCCCUGAAGGGGAAAAAGGCGAACCUGGAUUUCCUGGUAUUGGUGAAAUGGGCCCUAAAGGCGAUGACGGUGUCCCGGGUAUCCCCGGAUUGAGGGGUCAAAAGGGUGAACGAGGUUUUAAGGGCAAUGCUGGAGCUCCAGGUGAUUCUAAGUAUGGUCUGCCUGGCUCUCCUGGUCGUGCAGGUUUACCAGGUCAAAAAGGAGAUCAAGGUCGAUCAGGUAAUCCUGGUUUGAAAGGUGACAUGGGUCCAAAAGGUGAUGCAGGCGGUAAAUGUUCACUCUGCCCUCCUGGAUUUAAAGGCGAUAAAGGCGACCGCGGAUUAAAUGGUAUUCCUGGUGAGCCAGGUGUACGUGGACCGCCGGGUGCAACAGGUGCUCCUGGAGAGCGUGGAUUAGAUGGAAUUGCUGGUAUGGACGGACCACCGGGUGCAAAGGGUGAAGAUGGAAGAGAUGGCCUUCCUGGUGAUCCGGGUCCACCUGGUAGAGAUGCUAUUGUCGAUUUAAGUCAAGUAAAGGUAGAGAAAGGUCCAAAAGGUGAAAGAGGUUUCACCGGUCCGGAAGGUUUAAAAGGUGAACGUGGUGAGCCUGGUCAACCUGGUAUAAACGGUGCUAAAGGAGAAAUUGGGGCUAAGGGCGAUAAGGGUUAUGCUGGUCCACCAGGAUCAGAUGGUAUUCCUGGAAAUCCCGGACGAGGUGGACGUGAUGGUCUUCCGGGUCUCAGCGUUAAGGGAGAACCCGGCCGUCCUGGUCGUGAUGGACUCAAGGGUGAUAAAGGCACUGAAGGUAAUCCUGGAUUUAAGGGAGACCCUGGAACUUGUGAUGCUGCCAGUUUAACAGUACCAGCUAAAGGAAACAAAGGUGAUAGAGGUAUUCCUGGAAUGCCAGGGCCAAUGGGACCAAUGGGUGAUAAAGGAAGUCAAGGACUGCCCGGACUGAAGGGUGAGAUGGGUCCACAAGGCCCAGUUGGUCCUGUAGGUCCACGCGGCUUAACUGGUCCACGAGGAGAGAAAGGUAAUACUGGUGCAAUGGGCGCCCCCGGAAAUCCUGGCAAAGACGGAUUACGAGGACCUCCUGGCCGAAAUGGAGAACGAGGACAAAAGGGUGAACAAGGUAUUGCUGUUGCUGGUCCACCUGGUCCACAAGGACGUAGUGGAUUCCCUGGAGAAAAAGGAGAUCGUGGUGUUCCUGGUCCGCUUGGUCCUCAAGGUCAAGAUGGAGCAGUCGGUUAUCCUGGCGACAAAGGUGAUGCUGGAUUACCAGGUCAAUCUGGACAAACUGGACCUGUAGGUCCUAAAGGUGACACUGGCCCACUUGGACCAACUGGACCUCCCGGUCCACCCGGAAAACCUGGCGUUGAUGGUGUAGUAGGGCGUGACGGAGCUAAGGGAGAACCUGGUAAUCCUGGUUUGGUUGGUAUGCCGGGAGCUAAAGGAGAGCGUGGCGCCCCGGGCAAUGAUGGAGCUAAAGGCUUUACAGGAGCUCCUGGAUCACCCGGAAGACGUGGAUCUCCAGGUCCAGCUGGAAUACCUGGCAUGAAGGGAGACAAGGGUGAGAUUGGUUUAACUGGAAAUGACGGAGCAACAGGACCUAGAGGACCUCCCGGCGCGCCUGGUCUUAUGGGAGCUAAGGGUGAUAUUGGUCCCGAAGGACCACCGGGAACUGAUGGUCGACCUGGAUUAGAUGGAGAAAAAGGUAGCCAAGGUCUGCCUGGUUUCGAUGGACAACAAGGUUUACCGGGAGACGCUGCCGAAAAAGGACAAAAAGGAGAGCCUGGAAUACCUGGUUUGCGAGGACCCGAAGGGUUAACUGGUGCCCCUGGAAUGACUGGCGAGAAAGGUUUCCCAGGUACACCUAUACAUGGAAACCCUGGUGCGAAAGGUGACAAAGGUGAUCGCGGACGCGACGGUAUUGAUGGGCGUGAUGGUAUUCCCGGAGAAAAAGGUGAUGCUGGUCUUCCUGGUCGAAAUGGACAAAAAGGUGAUAAAGGAGAUAUGGGACUUCCUGGUGCUCCUGGUACUCCUGGUUUGGAUGGAAGACCUGGUGAGCCAGGCUCUCCUGGACCAGUUGGAUACACUGGUGCUAAAGGAGACAAGGGUGAUGUAGGCUUCCAAGGCGUACAAGGUAUGAAAGGUGAUAAAGGUGCCAUAGGUUUUCCUGGUUUGACUGGGGCACCUGGGCUCAAGGGUGAACGCGGCUUCCCUGGUAUUAACGGACGUGACGCACAACCAAUCACAAUUAAGGGAGACAAGGGAGAGAUGGGUGAAUUUGGUGUCAUUGGUUUACCUGGUCUUAUUGGUCCCAAAGGUAAUCAAGGAAUCCCUGGUUUGAGUGGUCAAAAAGGAGAACGUGGCUUACCUGGACCAUUGGGUAUGCCUGGUUUGAAUGGCGCUCCUGGCUUGAAGGGAGAUCAAGGACUUCCUGGUGAACCUGGAGCACCUGGUCCGGCAAUUAAAGGAGAGAAAGGUUUACCUGGAAGAUCCGGAAGAAAUGGUCGUGAAGGUACACCUGGUUUAUCGGGUCAAAAGGGAGAAAAAGGUUUGCCUGGUCUUGCGGGUAUGCCCGGGUUAACUGGUAUGCCAGGUCCCGUAGGUCCGGCUGGCCCCAAAGGUGAUCGUGGUCCAAUGGGUGUGCCUGGACGUGAUGGUGCAGAUGGCUUACCAGGUCAAGUUGGCCAGAAGGGAGAUAUGGGCUUCCCAGGUAUCAAAGGUGAACGUGGUUUGGCUGGUUUUGAAGGACAAAAAGGUGAAAAGGGUGAACAAGGCUUACCUGGCCCACAAGGCUUAGCGGGUCUUAAUGGCAUGAAAGGUGAUCGCGGUUUCCCAGGCCUUGACGGAGUGCCUGGACCAGUAGGAGCAAUUGGCGAAAAGGGCUCGAUCGGACCUAAAGGACGUGAUGGACGUGACGGUAUACCUGGUGCGCCUGGUCAAAAGGGUGAACCAGGUUUGGUACCACCACCUGGACCCAAAGGAGAGCCCGGACAUCCAGGAUAUGACGGUCAAAAGGGAGAGCGCGGACCACCGGGACCACGAGGCCUUAAUGGCUUACAGGGUGAACGCGGUGAGAAGGGUGAAACUGGUUUGAUCGGCUUAACAGGCCAACCUGGCCGAGCAGGUAUGAAGGGUGAUCAAGGUUUGCCUGGCCUCCAAGGACGUGAUGGUGCGCCUGGUUUGCCUGGUCCACAAGGUGAAACUGGCGCGGCAUGUUCAGCUGCCCAAGAUUAUCUGACGGGCAUAUUACUUGUCAAACACAGUCAAUCAGAAGAAAUACCACGUUGUCUACCAGGACAAAUCGAACUGUGGACCGGUUACUCGAUGUUGUAUGUAGAUGGUAACGACUAUGCUCACAAUCAAGAUCUCGGCUCAGCUGGCUCCUGCGUGCGCCGUUUCUCAACACUGCCAGUCAUGUCAUGUGGCCAGAAUAAUGUUUGCAAUUAUGCUUCAAGAAACGAUAAGACCUUCUGGUUGUCUACAUCUGCACCCAUUCCAAUGAUGCCCAUAAAUAACAACGAGAUCAGCAAGUAUAUAUCACGGUGUGUGGUUUGCGAAGCCCCGGCGAAUGUUAUUGCAGUACACAGCCAAUCGCUAACCAUACCCGAUUGCCCCAACGGUUGGGAGAGUCUAUGGAUAGGUUACAGUUUUGCUAUGCACACCGCUGUGGGUAAUGGAGGCGGUGGUCAAGCACUAGCAUCGCCCGGUUCUUGCUUAGAAGAUUUCCGCGCCACGCCAUUCAUCGAGUGUAAUGGUGCAAAGGGUCAAUGCCAUUUCUACGAGACUAUGACCAGUUUUUGGUUGGUCACAGUGGAAAGUCACGAACAGUUCCAGCGCCCCGCAAUGCAAACACUCAAAGCUGGCACUUUGCUGCAGCGAGUAUCUAGAUGUACAGUUUGUAUGAAAAAUUCAACUUAAGCUGCAGUUCUUAAUAUUGUUCUUCCAAAUAACCCGCCACCUCUCCCCUUCCCCCCUUAAAACACAUUUACUAUUUUUAUAUAUAUUAAAAGCAAAUUUCGAUAAAUACGAUUAUUUAAUUUUACUUUCAAAUUGGCAAAUUCAAUUAAAAAU